AUGAAAAACACAUUGCUGUUUGUAGAUGAAAUCAAAUAUGGGCAACAAUGUGCGUUGUUCUCCACUACAAACGCUACAUUUACUGACAAGACUGUGAAGUUAUGGAUAGAUGGCCAACCAGUUGAGUCGAAGACCAACGACUGGCUUGACCUUACCAAUCCCGCCACAAACGAAGUGAUUGCUCGGAUUCCAAAGUCUACAAAAGCAGAAAUGGAAGCCGCAGUUCAAUCAUGCAAGAGUGCAUUCGAAUCGUGGAAGAAAGUCUCACCAAUACAUCGACAGGAGACUCUAUUCAAACUUCAAAGCUUGAUCAAACGUGACAUGAAGAAACUUGCUCAAAAUAUCACUGAAGAGCAAGGAAAGACUCUGCCUGACGCUGAAGGAGAUGUUAUGAGGGGGCUACAGGUCGUUGAACAUGCUUGCAGUGUGCCGUCACUCAUGCUCGGAGAAACACUUCCAAAGUAG